GGCAUGGAAAAUUGCUCUCCAGGAUGCCAGAACAAACACAGGCUACGUGGGAUCUGAUGUGAUGUAUGAUGAGACAGCCAUUUCUUCAGCCCCUCCUCCCUAUACAGCUUAUGCCACACCAUCACCUGAGGUUUAUGGCUAUGGCUACAAUCAAUACAAUGGUGCAUAUCCGCCUGCUGGUCCUCAAGUCUUCUAUGCCUCCAAUGGACAAGCUUAUGCUGUUCCCUAUCAGUAUCCAUACCAAGGACCUUAUGGCCAACACCCUGCAAACCAUGUCAUCAUUCGAGAGCGUUACCGUGACAGUGAUGGAGAUCUUGCACUGGGCAUGCUUGCUGGAGCAGCAACUGGAAUGGCUCUGGGGUCAUUAUUCUGGGUCUUCUAGAUUAUCAGUUCCUUAUCUUUGUAGUUCCAAAAACCUUUAUUGUGUGCAAUAAUAUAUUUGCAAUGUUGUUUACUGUUAAAACUAAGAAAUGCAGUAGUUAUUUUUUGGUAGUGACAUAUUGAUAACUGAUUCUUAACUGUCUUAAGGAGAGUUUAAAGGCACCAUUUAGUUAAGUGGUUGGAGAUGGCAUGUGCUGCUCUUGAAUUCUGUUCUCAUGUCUGGAGUUCUAAGGAUUUGUACUGAUAAGGAUCAAUAUGAGCACCAAUGUAACACAGUAGCAG